AUGCUCAGCUGGCGCACGCUCUGCCUUUGCCUCCUGCUGGCGCUUGUGGGCGCGGCCUGGGCCGAACUGACCGACACGGAGGAUGGCUGCCAGCUCGAGAUACUGAAGCGCCCAGGCAAAGGCAAGGCUGCGAAUGCCAAGAACAAGGGCAGGAGGAGGAAGAAAUGGUUCGAACUCUUGAAGAUCAAGAGCAAGGGCUCUGCAAAGCAGAAGGCUCAUGCGCAUCGCGCAAAGGCGAAAGGCAGGAAGACUGAGCCCAGACUGGAUACCCAGAACAAGUUCAGCGAUGUCCCGGAAGUCGAUGAGCUGCAAGUGCAGAAGAAGCCAGCCAAGAAGCAGCUGCACAAACACGACGGGAAGGCGAAGCCAAGCCUGGAUAUGGAGCUCGACGUUUCCAGAGAUCGGCGCAGCGGCUUAACCAAAGGAAAGCAAAGCUUCGGCUUUUCCGGCCACGAAGCCGCAAAGGAAAAGGGAGCCAAGGGCAAGCACGGGAAGUCUCACGGCCCAACAUUUGCCGUCACGACCCGGGUCUACUCCGCCGAGCUGCCGUACCUCAAGCACUUCCUCAGCUACUACCUGCACGACUUGAAGGUGGAGCGAGUGUAUCUCUUCUGCACCAAGAAGUCCGAGGAGAGCCAAAUCCGCGCGGCUGUGAGAGGAUUCGGCUUCUCGGAGAAGCAGGUGACUUUCGUGCGUGGCCGGCGCAACGCAAGCCUGCAGCGGCUGAACUACCAUGCUGUGCACGAAGACUUCCUGCUGGAUGUGGAUGCUGAGCUGAGCUAA